AUGAAGGGCAGUGUCUGGUCGGCUCUUCCACCAAUCAAUGUUUCAUCCUUAGAAAGGUCCAAGCCCAUCAUAUUAACAGUGGCAUCAAUGGAUUCUGCUUCCUUUUUCCGUGACAAAAGCCUUGGUGCAGAUUCCCCUAUAUCUGGGAUGAUCUCAUUGCUGGCUGCAGUGGAUGCACUUUCAUACUUGGAUGGUUUGCAUGACCUCAGUAAACAGCUUGUUUUUGUGGUUUUUACCGGAGAAGCCUGGGGCUAUCUUGGUAGCCGGAGAUUUCUUCUUGAACUUGAUCAGAACUCUGAUGCUGUUUAUGGCCUUAACAACUCGUUGAUUGAAAAGGUAUAUUUCUCUUCUAAGAAUGUCCAAUCUAAUAUUGAGAUUGGCUUCAAAACGAGGCCAAGCUGGCUAACAAGAAAAGAGCAAAUUAAAAGGCAUGGAGUAAGGAGGGAGAAUGACAUCAAGCUUGAGCAAGAGGCUCUCGGCUUUUUCUGUUCAGUAUUGGAAGAAGCUUGUGGAAGGAAGGCUGGCAAGGACUGGACUGGAGUGGUGUCAGAAGAAUGGAAGCGUGAUUCUCUCUGCAUCUAUCAGAGACAAUAUGUGGAUUGGCAGCCGUUUCAUGGUCUUGGAGGAGACAUCAAAUGA